UCAAAAAUAAAUAAAACAUUAAAAAAAAAAAUUAAAAAAAAAAAAAAGAAAAGACGAAGCUGCUAGUGCUUGUCUAUUUACCGUGAAUUUCACCUGCCUAUAGUCAUUCAGCAGCCUUGGCCUGGCUGUGGAAAUCAAACUCCUCUGAAGAGAAUGGUCAGACCUUGGCUGGUGUCGAAAUAUACCUUACUGCCAAAAUUUGGGCUGCCUCUCAAGUACGAGCGAUAAGCACUCUACACAUUUCACAGAAUUUUGUCUUGCUAUCCUUGGGUCACCUGGGUAGUGCUGCGUUUGACAGCACUUCCUUAAGAGCGUCAGUAAAGAGAGUACAGGAGAGAUGGUCGACGUUUUCCCUGCACGCCGUGUGCUAGCAUGUGCUAGGACACGUGUUACCUCGUUACUAGAAGUUUGCUUUAGGCUAAUGGACGGCCGGUCUCUGACUCUAGUACUGGUGAUAGCGAUGGUAAACCAGGAGUUGACAGGAUGCUGCUUUAAUAGCAAAUCCGUCUCGGCUGCCAGCUUCUGAGCUUCUUGAGGGCAGGGACUGUAUCUCGUUCUCCUGUGUAUCACUGUGGGAUUCCACAGUGCGUGUCAUUAACGUUAGUUGUAUGAAUGCCUGUGGAGGUGGAUGGAGGGUUUAAUGGGCGGACUCGGUCCAGAUGCACCAGCUGGUCUCUAACCGGGAGAACUUUGUGAUUUACAAUUAAUGAUUGGAUCUCGAAAUCAUCAGUGGACGUGUGAAGGGUCUCCUGUGGUAGAGUGCGUGCAGCCUGUUUACCUUGUAUAAAGGGAACGUGCCUGCUGCUCUGGCUCAUGACGUGCCCCAAACCUUCAACUGUUAGCAGACGGCGUCAGCCCGUGACCAAUCCCCGUUCUCACAGAAUGUUGCUGGAAUUCCCCUGAACACAGAACAUCACAGUUGUAGAAGAUGGGAGGCUUGCCAGAGCCAAAGCGUGGAGGCUUGGGGUGCCGCCUCCCUGCCUGUCGCCAUUGUGAACGCCGGAAGAGGGUGCGUUGAGGAGGGAGUGAGCAGCGCCACAAACCUUUGGUCAGGCAGCGGUCACAGGAUUGCUGGGGCUUAUCCACCUCUGGACCGUUCGUGUAUGGCUAAAGAGAGACAGUGGACAAUAUUGGCCAAGCAUAUACCAUAUGAUGCCUUCUCCAUGUUCAUGCAUGUCUUUUAACCCGGAAACAAGAAGACUGUCCAUAGGUCUAGACAAUGGUACAAUCUCAGAAUUUAUUUUAUCAGAAGAUUAUAACAAGAUGACUCCUGUGAAAAACUAUCAAGCACAUCAGAGCAGAGUGACGAUGAUCCUGUUCGUCCUGGAGCUGGAGUGGGUGCUGAGCACUGGGCAGGACAAGCAAUUUGCCUGGCACUGCUCCGAGAGUGGGCAGCGCCUCGGAGGGUAUCGAACCAGUGCCGUGGCCUCGGGCCUGCAAUUUGACGUUGAAACCCGGCAUGUGUUUAUUGGUGACCAGUCGGGACAAGUAACCAUCCUCAAACUGGAGCAAGACAACUGCACCCUGGUCACAACGUUCAGAGGACAUACAGGUGGGGUGACUGCUCUCUGUUGGGACCCUGUCCAGCGAGUGUUGUUCUCCGGCAGCUCCGACCACUCCGUUAUCAUGUGGGACAUCGGCGGGAGGAAAGGAACAGCCAUCGAGCUCCAAGGACACAAUGACAAAGUCCAGGCCCUUUCCUAUGCGCAGCACACACGGCAGCUCAUCUCCUGCGGUGGUGACGGUGGGAUUGUGGUCUGGAACAUGGACGUGGAGAGGCAGGAGACCCCUGAAUGGUUGGACAGCGACUCCUGCCAAAAAUGUGAUCAGCCUUUCUUCUGGAACUUCAAGCAAAUGUGGGACAGUAAGAAAAUUGGCCUAAGACAGCACCACUGCCGCAAGUGUGGGAAGGCCGUCUGCGGCAAGUGCAGCUCCAAGCGCUCCUCCAUCCCCCUGAUGGGCUUCGAGUUUGAAGUGAGGGUCUGUGACAGCUGCCACGAGGCCAUCACCGAUGAAGAACGUGCACCCACGGCUACCUUCCAUGACAGUAAACAUAACAUUGUGCAUGUGCAUUUCGAUGCAACCAGAGGAUGGUUACUGACUUCUGGAACUGACAAGGUUAUUAAGUUGUGGGAUAUGACCCCAGUCGUGUCUUGAUGACACUGCAGGCAUCACAAAGAUAGUAUUUACUCAAGAAACGGUUGUUCUAAUCCACAUCAUUACUGGAGCUGCAAGCGGACGUGUGAGAGUUCGAGAGAAACUGCAGAGCGGGGCUGAGCUGACGGGGUAGCAACGCGUACAGGGGUGAGCUCGUGAGUGAACGCUGGCGAGGGAGACUUUCAACGCGUUCAUACGAUAUAAAAGAAGAUAUUUUUUUAGCAAAUGGUUUAUACGGUCUGGCUGUGCUACAUUGUUUUGAGCAUACCGAAAACUUUGUGUGGGGUGUUUAAUUUUUACAUUUUUCAACACUUCGUUUUAGUUGUUGCUUUGCGUGUUGGAGAAAUGACGGAGGCAUCUGUUCAGGGUAUUUUUGGUCAUUAUAAAGUCGUUUCCAUGUUUUCUUCACUUCCGGCACAUAUUCUGUGGUCAGCGUCUUUUUCUUCUGUUACCUACUCUCCGCUUCAUCGGCUCUUUGCCAGUGUGUUUAUAUUUACGCUCUUUCUUCUCAGCGUUUCCGCUUUCACAGAAAUCCUCUUCAACAGAGAGAGCUGGGAAACCAUUCAUGUGGGUUUUCCAACCGACUUCUUGAAUCACGUGAAGAGUUAUCCCUUUGACACGUCUCACUCGCUCAUGUUCUGAGUAGACAUGACCUUGUGCUUCUGCCUCCGUGUCUCCGUCUUUCCCACCUUACAAAAAGGCUGUGAGAAAGCUGCUCCCAACCACCGUCCCCACAGAGGUGGGUGAUUGUAACUCAGAGCUUCAACUCACAGUGCCUGGGUCAUUUCUAAUUCAUUUGGAGCUGUCUGAGCCUUUUCUGUUUUGGCUUUAUUCACAUAGCUCUUCCUCGCUCACAAUAUUCAAAACAAACACAACACAACAAAACAAAAACCCGUGACCUUCGGGGGGGGGGGGGAAAGCAUCUGUAAGAUGUGUUUUUCCACGCUGCACCUCUGAAUUUGAAUGUGUUCGUUACUGCGAGAUCGUAUCCUGCUCUACUCACCAUCUGUAUUCUCUUCCCCUUUAAAAACUAGAUAUUUAAAGAUUUUGAUCUUAAUGUAUUUCAGAACACUGUGCACACUUUCGUACUAAACCUGUGUGAUCUGAGACGUAAAAGGUACCGAGUCGUACAGCUCAUACUGUGUUCUGGUUGGGAAUGUUAAAAAUUUUUUAAAAAGUGGGUGGGGAGCUUAGAAAAUGAACCUGAAGAGCUCUCGGUUGAAGGGAAUCCAGACAGACUUGAUGAAGUGAAAUACUCUUAUGUGUAGUGACUCACCUCAGGCCAUUGAAGUCCCUUUUAGGAAUCUUAUUUUCACCUGUAAAGCCAGACUGCGUUAGCAGCAGGCAUGCACGAUGAGCCUGCCCCGUUGUUCGCGCUUUACAUGUACCGCCUCGUCACCCUCCCCUGGCAGGGGCGGCCGGGGAUCACUAAGUCUUGAGAUCACCAGUUUAAAUCAAGCCUCGCCGAUAAACAGGCCAAUGACUUGCCCUUCACUAUCCAUAUUAGCUUGUGCAUUCCUGAUUUGACAGUUUUUUGGUGGUAGUAUUUGAACUGCUCCUGAUUUUUCUUUCGCUUCAGGGGAAGCCAUUUUUUUGCCCCUCGGGGACUAUUCAUUGCUCUUCUUUCCAACCAGGAAAAGUACUACCAGCCUUACGUGGCUGCCGUACUCCCAUUCUCUGAAGACCCCUGACACUGGCCCGUGUACGACCGGGGAGGGGGGCUUCCUAGAGAGGGUCCGCUGCUGCAGCGCUGGGAGGUAGGACUAGUGCGCACGCCCCGUGCAGCCAGAGUAAUGGCGGCCAUCACCCGAGACCUCAGACCGGAUGAGCUCACGUGCCCAAAC